AGCUCUCCAUCCAACAACACCUGGCAGCACAUCAACAGAGGUAUUCUGGCAGAGAAUGUUGCGACAGAUCACAAGGAAUCUAUCCCGCCCGACGGGCUACAUCAGGACCUUCAGCUCAGCUCGCUCUAUUGAAGAUCCUUCUGUCAACUAUCGUCCUGGAAAGGAGGGUUUCGCUCCAGGCAUGCCUCAUCCUCCUGGCACCACUUCCUCACCGCACCCUCCUCCAGAACCCCGAACAACUGACUCACUCCCAGAAAUGUCUAAGAAGCACCAGAUCAAAGCUAAUGGCACACCAGAACAGAAAUAUAAGCUUGAAAUGACAAAGCUUCGCCACACAUAUCAGCGGGAAUAUUUGGAGGAACAGAGUGUCGAGAGAGUAGAGACUCAAAGACAACGUAAGGGAUCAUUGCGUCGUCUUCAGGAACGCCAGGCAAAGGAUCGAUUGGAGAAUGAGCGCCGUAUUGCGUUUGAGCGUUUAAUGCAACCUAAUGGAGAGAUCGCUGCCUCAGGGCCAGACCGCCAAGCACAGGUGGCCGAGUUUGUGAAGGCGCGCAAGAUCAAACGUCAGGCUAAUUAUCAGCAAGCAGAGGCGCGUGCGUCAGAAAAGAGAUUGGACGCCAUGAUUCAGCUAUACCAUUCAGCGGAUAACUUUGUGACGAUAGAAAAUUUGGAUGCCAAAGUGAACGAGUUUUAUGAGACUGGACUGACGCUGCAGAGCAAGGUAUAUCUGUCGGAUGUUCAGGACAUGGUCGCAGAUGUGAUGGAGAACGGUGGCCAGGUAUCAUAUGCCAACUUGUUGAAACGCGAACAGGAGCUUAAGGAUGCACUUGAUGGUACUGUCUCAGGAGGCAAGAUUGGGUAUGAGAGUGUCAAGGCCAAAGUCGACUCGACCUCCGUAUAAAGAUGAGCUUUGUGAUGAUGUGAGGUUGUGUCCUUUUAGUUGUAUAUGUAGUUACUGCUUGAUGUGUCAAAAGACACUAUUUUAGAAGUAAUGUCAUUCUCUUUUUUAUAUUGUUAUUUUGGCUGCUCUUCCACGGAGGUGAUAUCGUUUCCUACUAAAUGAACAUGCAGAUAA